AUGGAUACCAAGGAAGAGAAGAAGGAACGGAAACAAAGUUAUUUUGCUCGAUUGAAAAAGAAGAAGCAGGCCAAACAAAAUGCAGAGACAGCCUCAGCUAUGGCUGCAAGGACUCAUUCUGGAAAAGAAGAUGCUAGUAAAGUCAUUUUAGAGCAAGACAAGUGUAACAUUGCUGUGGAAGAGGAGUACAUUACUGAUGAGAAAAAGAAGAGAAAAAGUAAUCAGUUAAAGGAGAUCAGGCGUACAGAACUAAAGAGAUAUUAUAGUGUUGAUGACAAUCCAAACAAAACACAUGAUAAAAAAGAGAAGAAGAUGGUGGUUCAGAAGCCCCAUGGUACUAUGGAAUACACUGCUGGAAGCCAGGACACCCUAAACUCCAUAGCACUGAAAUUUAACAUCACUCCCAAUAAAUUAGUGGAACUGAAUAAGCUUUUCACGCACACUAUUGUUCCAGGCCAGGUUCUUUUUGUACCAGAUGCCAACUUUCCCUCGAGUACCUUAAGGUUAUCAUCAUCCAGUCCUGGUGCUACUGUCUCCCCUUCAUCAUCAGAUGCAGAAUACGAUAAACUGCCUGAUGCUGACUUAGCAAGAAAGGCCUUAAAACCCAUCGAGAGAGUCUUAUCAUCCACUUCAGAAGAGGACGAGCCAGGAGUGGUAAAAUUUUUGAAAAUGAAUUGCCGGUACUUCACUGAUGGAAAGGGUGUGGUCGGAGGCGUCAUGAUUGUCACUCCUAACAACAUCAUGUUCGACCCUCACAAGUCUGAUCCCCUGGUCAUUGAAAAUGGCUGUGAGGAAUACGGCCUUAUCUGCCCCAUGGAAGAGGUCGUUUCCAUCGCCCUUUACAAUGACAUCUCCCACAUGAAGAUCAAAGAUGCCUUGCCAUCUGACCUACCUCAGGAUCUUUGUCCUCUGUACAGGCCUGGAGAAUGGGAAGACCUGGCUUCAGAAAAGGAUAUCAACCCAUUCAGUAAGUUCAAAUCUCUCAACAAAGAAAAACGGCAGCAGAGUGGGGAGAGAACCAUCACUUCAGAUUCCACACCAAUGGGACCUUCAGAGAAGUCACCAGAAUACAUAGAAACGAAGCCCUCAGACAGCUCUGUGUCAGACAAGGUAAAGAAACUGGAAUCCACUGCAGGGGCAACCCAAGAAUCUACCGCAGUAGCUGACGUCAGCAAGGAACCUUCUGACACUCGGGCUGCGUUUGAAUCUGUAGCCAAAGAAAAUUCUCUUUUAGGGGAAGACGAUGACUUCGUUGACUUGGAAGAACUUUCUUCUCAAACUAAAGGUGGAACGGACAAAAGAGACACCUCAAAGGAGUGCCUUUCUCUUGACCCAGAGGAACUAAGGAAGACUAAAUCACGAGUAAUCAGAUCUACGGAAAUUCAGUCAGCCCUGAACUUUUCGGGAACAGGGUGUGAUGCUGAACUGAAGGGAGCCCUAGACUUAGAAACCUGUGAGAAACAAGAUAUGAUGCCAGAGGUGGACAAGCGGUCUGGGUCCCCAGAAAGCCAGAUGGACAACACACUGAACAUCCAUGAAGAUUUAGAUAAAGUCAAACUCAUUGAAUAUUACCUUAAUAAGAACAAAGAAGGGUCACAGUUACCUGAUAACGUGCAGAAGGCAGAAUUAAGCGAUGGCAAAAGUACUGAGCCAGUGGGAAUAGACAUCACCCUUAGUAGUUCUCUUCCGCAGACAAGUGAUCCCCCGAUUGAGGGCAAGGAAGAGCCAGAUAAAACCUGGGCAAAAGAGAAAACACCCCUUCCGUUGCAACUGAGCUCCUCUACAGAAGAAAGUAUGAAUAAAGAGUAUCCAGAUUCUUCUUUGGAAUCUAUUCUGGACAAUAGCUGCCAAGGUGCACAAAUGGAUAAUAAAUCUGAAGUUCAGUUAUGGCUAUUAAAGAGAAUUCAGGUACCCAUUGAAGAUAUACUUCCUUCAAAAGAAGAGAAAAGCAAGACUCCACCCAUGUUUCUGUGCAUUAAAGUGGGAAAACCAAUGAGGAAAUCCUUUGCCACUCACACGACAGCCGUGGUCCAGCAGUAUGGCAAACGAAGAAAGCAACCGGAGUACUGGUUUGCUGUUCCUCGGGAGAGGGUGGAUCACUUGUACACAUUCUUUGUCCAAUGGUCUCCUGACGUCUAUGGGAAAGAUGCCAAAGAGCAAGGCUUUGUGGUGGUGGAGAAAGAAGAAUUGAAUAUGAUUGACAACUUCUUCAGUGAGCCAACCACCAAGAGCUGGGAGAUCAUCACGGUCGAGGAGGCAAAACGCAGGAAGAGCACGUGCAGCUACUAUGAAGACGAGGACGAGGCCGCCCUGCCGAUCCUGCAGCCCCACAGCUCGCUUCUGGAGAACAUGCACAUUGAGCAGCUGGCCCGACGCCUUCCAGCAAGGGUGCAGGGGUAUCCAUGGAGACUUGCAUACAGCACGCUAGAGCAUGGGACCAGCUUGAAAACUCUCUACCGGAAGUCAGCAGCACUAGACAGUCCUGUCCUAUUGGUCAUCAAAGAUAUGGAUAAUCAGAUCUUUGGAGCAUAUGCGACUCAUCCUUUCAAAUUCAGUGAUCACUAUUAUGGCACAGGCGAAACUUUUCUCUAUACAUUUAGCCCUCAUUUCAAGGUCUUCAAGUGGAGUGGAGAAAACUCAUACUUUAUCAAUGGAGACAUAAGUUCUUUGGAACUUGGUGGUGGAGGGGGACGAUUUGGCUUAUGGUUAGAUGCCGAUUUAUACCAUGGACGAAGCAACUCCUGCAGCACUUUUAAUAAUGAUAUUCUUUCCAAAAAGGAAGACUUCAUAGUUCAAGACCUUGAGGUAUGGACAUUCGAGUGA